GAGCAGUACAGCAGUAUCCCGUUUCGUUUGGGCUUUUGGUGGGGGUUGGGUGGGUUUCCCGUCUCCUUCCGAUUGCUGAGUAGCAUUAGCAAAGGAGCAAAGGAAAGGAACCUCGAUCUCCAUCUCCAUCUCCGCCCCCAAACCCUAACACACACACGCCGACUCUCCAAACCCUACACCCCCCCAACCCCCAACCCCGCCGAUCCCCCCGCUCGCCGCCGAUGGGUCGCAAGAAGAACGUCGCCAUCGAUGACGAUGAGUACUCCUUCCCGCAGGAGGACGCCGCCCCCGCCCCCGCCGCCGACAAGGACAAGCCCAUCAAGAAGGGCGGCGGCAAGAAGGGCAAGAAGGGCGCCAAGGCCGCCCUGCCCGACGACGACGACUACGAGCCCCCCGCGCCCCCGCCCCCGCCCGGGGACGACGACGACGACGAGGAGCCCAUCAACCUCGUCUUGACCGGUAAGAAGAAGAAGAAGAAGGGCGGCGGCGGCGCCGUGAGCUCCUUCAGCGCCUUCGACGCCCUCGCGGCCGACGAGGACCAGGGAGAAGACGACGACGAGGCCCCCGCCCCUGCCCCCGCCCCCGUCGAGCCCGAUGCCGCCGCCAAAUCAGACGCCGAGGACGACGACCUCGAUUUCGACUUCAGCAAAGCCAAGAAGAAGAAAAAGAAGAAGGACAAGGGAGCUCGCCCAGUCCCUCUGGAACACGACGACCUCGACCUAGAUAAGCCUGCCCCGCCGCCCCCAGCCGCCGCUGCUGAUGAGGCAGACGACGACGAGGCUGCUGCAGCUGCAGCUUCCAAAAAGCCUCAGAAGAAGAAGAAAAAGAAGGGCGGCUUUACUGUGGACAAUGAGGACAUUGACAAGCUCCUCGCCGAGAUCGACGAUACUUCUCCUCCCACCGAAGAGGCUGAGCCGGUGGAAGAGGUGCCUGCCCCUGAUGCAGAUGAUGCCUUAGGAAAGAAAUCAAAGAAGAAGAAAAAGAAGGGAGGCUUUACCGUCGAUGAUGAGGACGUAGACAAGAUCCUCGCAGAGUUUGAGGACCAGCCACCUCCUGUCGACGAUCCUGAGCCUGAGCCUGAGGCGGUGAAAGAUGUGGGUAAUGUGGCCGCCUCAACCAGUGUGGAUGAUGCGGAAGGCAAGAAAUCGAAGAAGAAAAAAAAGAAGAGUGGAAGGACAGCUCAGGAAGAGGAGGAUUUGGAUAAGCUUCUCGCUGAGCUUGGUGAGGGCCCAACGCCAGCAGAAAAGGAGAAGGAGGUUCUGCCCCAGGCGCCACCUGCUGCGGCAAUGGUGAAGGAAGAUACUGAAACCGCAGAGGAUGGUAAGGCUGGGGAAGGAGAGGUGGAAUCUGCUGCAGCCAAGAAGAAGAAGAAGAAGAAGGAAAAGGAGAAGGAGAAGAAGGCAGCAGCUAAGGAGGCAGAUGCUAAGAAAGAAGAGGAAAAGGCUGUAGAAGCUCCUAAAGGGAAGGUUGACAUGAAGAAGCUCCCGAAGCACGUGCGGGAGAUGCAGGAGGCACUUGCCAGGAGGCAGGAAGCUGAGGAACGGAAGAAGCGUGAGGAGGAAGAACGAUUGAGGAAAGAGGAGGAGGAGCGAUUGAAGAAAGAGGAGGAGGAGAGGAAAGCUGAGGAAGCAAAGAGGAGGAAGAAGGAGAGAGAAAAGGAGAAGUUGCUGAAGAAGAAGCAGGAGGGUAAGCUCUUGACUGGGAAGCAGAAGGAGGAAGCAAAGAGGUUAGAAGCAAUGAGGAGACAAUUCCUUGAGCAGAGUGAACUUCAAGUAGCCGAUGGUGCUGUCCCUGAGACAAAGAAGAGGCCUAUAUAUGAUUCCAAGAAGAAAAAAGGUCAACAGAAGACUCUGGAGACUGCAAAGGUAGUUGAAGAACAACCACAAGAAGUUAACGAAACUAUCAAUGACGAGGAAGAAUAUGUGUUAGUGGAUCAGGAAUCUCAGUUGCAAGUGGAGGAAUCUGAGAAAACCGAACCUGAUCAGGAUGUCGAAGAAUUGAAACCAGAAGAGGAGGAAGAUGAAGAUGAAUGGGAUGCAAAGAGCUGGGAUGAUAUAGAUGUCAAUUUGCCUAAGACAAGUGCCUUUGAGGAGGAAGAGGCAAACCCUGUCGCCAAGAAGGUUGCUGAACCUGUUCAGAAGCAGGAAAAUUCUAAAGCACAAUCUACAGUGGCUACUGUAAAAAAGGUUGCAAACUCCAAUAAAGGUGAAACGGAAGAUGGCGAAUCCAGUAGUGCAAAUGCUAGGAGGAAUAGAGGCGCUUCAAAGAAAGGACCUAUUAAAGAGGAUGAGACUAAGAAUGGCAGUGACCUUCGUUCACCAAUUUGUUGCAUCCUUGGUCAUGUCGAUACUGGUAAGACAAAACUGCUAGACUGUAUUAGACGGACCAAUGUACAAGAAGGAGAAGCUGGAGGUAUUACCCAACAGAUUGGGGCUACGUACUUCCCAACUGAAAAUAUUAGAGAGAGAACAAAAGAGCUUAAAGCUGAUGCCACACUUAAGGUUCCAGGAUUGCUUGUUAUUGACACUCCUGGUCACGAGUCGUUCAGUAAUCUGCGUUCUAGAGGUUCAAGUUUGUGUGACAUUGCUAUUUUGGUUGUUGACAUUAUGCACGGUCUUGAACCUCAAACAAUUGAAUCCCUGAAUCUCUUGAAGAGCCGUGAUGCAGUUUUUAUCGUUGCCUUAAAUAAGGUUGAUCGUCUUUAUGGCUGGAAAAAGUGUACAAAUGCCCCUAUUGGGAAGGCUUUGAGGCAGCAAAAUGAAGAUGUUAAGAGGGAGUUCAAUAUGAGGCUUACUGAUAUUGUGACACAAUUCAAGAUGCAAGGUGUGAAUACUGCUUUGUACUACAAGAACAAGGAGAUGGAAGAUACAUAUAACAUAGUGCCUACCAGUGCAAUAAGUGGUGAAGGCAUUCCUGAUCUGCUUCUUCUGUUGGUGCAAUGGGCACAAAAGACGAUGGAAGAAAGACUUACUUUCGUUGAUGAAGUCCAGGUACGGUGCAUAAAUUUACUUGUCAUUAUAAAAGCAUGCAUUCUUAUCUCGUUUCUGUUUCAGUGUACCGUGCUGGAAGUCAAGGUUGUUGAAGGUCAUGGUACUACAGUUGAUGUUGUGUUGGUCAACGGUAUACUCCAUGAAGGAGAUCAAAUAGUUGUGUGUGGGAUGCAGGGACCCAUUGUGACAACAGUUAGAGCUUUGUUGACACCACACCCAAUGAGGGAGCUUCGAGUUAAGGGCACAUACCAACAUCAUAAGAAGAUUAGAGCUGCACAAGGAGUUAAAAUAUCAGCACAGGGUCUUGAACAUGCAAUUGCAGGGACUGCUCUUUAUGUGUUAAAGCCUGAUGAUGAUCUGGACAGACUAAAAGAUGCUGUGAUGGAAGAGAUGACUAGGGUUAGAAAUCGGAUUGAUAAGAGUGGCGAAGGUGUCUAUGUACAGGCAUCUACCCUUGGGUCAUUGGAAGCUCUCACUGAGUUCUUGAAGAGCCCUGCUGUGAAUAUUCCCUUCUGUGAUUUCAGUAUAGGGCCAGUCCACAAGAAAGAUGUUAUGAAGGCCAGUGUUAUGCUUGAGAGGAAGAAAGAAUAUGCUACUAUCUUGGCGUUUGAUGUCAAAGUGAUGCCUGAUGCCCGUGAUCUUGCAGAAGAGUCUGGUGUGAGGAUCUUUGUAGCAGAUAUAAUAUACCACCUUUUUGAUCAAUUUACUGCAUACAUUAAGAAUCUGAGGGAAGAAAAGAAGAAAGAAAGCGCUGAAGAAGCUGUUUUCCCCUGUGUUCUCAAGAUUAUGCCAAAUUGUGUUUUUAACAAGAAGGAUCCAAUUGUUUUAGGUGUUGAUGUCCUUGAAGGAAUAGCCAAGGUGGGCACACCUCUAUGCAUACCCACUAAAGAAUAUAUUGAUAUUGGGAAGAUUGCAUCUAUUGAAAUUAAUCAUAAGCAAGUUGACAUGGCCACAAAAGGGCAGAAGGUGGCUAUAAAGAUUAUUGGGAGCAAUCCUGAUGAGCAGCAGAAGAGUUUUGGUAGGCAUUUUGACAUGGAAGAUGAACUUGUUAGUCGCAUCACAAGGCGAUCUAUUGAUCUUCUCAAAGAAAACUAUAGAGACGAUUUGUCAAUGGAUGACUGGAAACUUGUUGUUAAGUUGAAGAGCAUCUUGAAGAUACCAUAAAAUCGUUAAGCUUGCGGAAGCCCCUCAAGCCUGUCCACCAAUCGGCAAAAAUGAAAAGUUAAUGGUGGCAUCUGGGCUACUGGGGUAGCAUCCAUAAAAUUUUCACGUUACUCAGACUUGGAUUUGCCGGGUUGAGAAGUUCUAUUCUGACACACCGAUGUUCAAGCUGCCCAGGGAGUUUUUCAAUUUUGAUACGGUUUUGUUUUAUUGUAAUUUGUUCGAAAUGCGGUUGAUCAAACAUUUUACAAAUAUAAGUGAAACUACCCGAUUUUGAGGGGUUCUUGAAAGAGGCUAUGUUUGUCUUUUUUUUUUCCCUGAACACAAACUGUUUUCACAUCCCGUUGCCUGGUAUGAGUGGUUAUGUAAAGGGCAGCCGGUAAGUCAAAUGGAGUAUAUACCAGGCUGAAUAUUUACACUGGGUAAGCCUAUUAAUUCA